UCCCUUUUGCUCACCCUCGUUCCUGCAAAUCUUCGUCCUGCUUCGACAAAGAAGGAGAGCGAAAUGUCCAUCUCCGCCGUAUUCGGGGCUCGAGUCCCCGUCGCGCCGUCGCCUCCCGCCGGCUCCGCCUCUCCCAGGGCAGCCCCGAGGAUCGCCGGCGGCGAGAGCGUCGGCGGGGGAGGGAUGGUCUCGAUCAUAGAGUGCUCGUCGAGGCCCAAAAAGAAGGCCACCGCGCACCACAUGAAGACGAGGCCCCGCAAGACUCAGGCUUGGGACAUCCGGCGCAAGCCCACCGUCUACGCGCCUCUCCCUCCCCUCCCUCCGGAGUGGAACCUCGCCUCUGGCGGCGGCGGCGGCGGCGAUGACGCGGACGCCGCUUCUGGUACUGCUGCUUCUUCUUCUUCUCCUCCUCCUGUUGAGGCUCCACCCACCAGCUAGUUCGAGCUUGUUCAAAAGAUGUCGCUUCUUGUUUG